AUGGAUCCUGCUUCGUUGGCGGGUCUUGGCCUAGGUGCCGCUUCGGUAGCCUUCGAGAUAUUUGAUGGAAUCAGGAAAGGCUACGAGAUGUUUGAGGUUGCCGUCAACAUGCCAGAAGACUGCGCGUCGUUGAAACUGAGCUUGCGGCUUGAAUGCACCCGCCUGCUAGACUGGGGCGAUCUCGCCGGCCUGUCCGACCACCGUGAUCAUCCCAAGUUUGACCGAAAGCUGAAGGCGAAUCGCGCCACCAUCAUGGCCCUUUUGAGCGAGAUAAGGGCGCUGAUCGACAGGCUCGGCAAAAUCAGCUUGCGAUCCGACGACGUGCUGGCGGUGCUGCCCGCCGCCGCCGCCGCCGGCAGUGAAGCCGCGGCCCUGGGCACCGACACCGCCGAAACGCUGGACCUGGCCAACCGGAAAGAAGAGCUUAAGGAUGCCGACAUGGAGCAGUUUCGUAGCGUGCUUGAGUUCUCGGAUGACCAGCUUCCCUCUCAGAAACAACACCUUCUGACGAGGGGCUGGAAGCGAGUCGUGGAUAUUGGUCGGGGCGUGGCUGACAUCGCCAAGCAGCCCGGCCGCAUUCGCUGGCUGCUGAGCGACAAGGAUGCUUUCAAGAUUCAGGUCGCGCGUCUGAAGGAGCUGACCGACUACCUCCACGAGACCCUCGGCGACCAUCAGAUGAGCAUUCUGAUCGAGAAGACCAAAGAGACGUGCAUGGCCAUGCUGCAAAUGACAAGCUCCAUGGGCGAGAUAAAGGAGCUCGUCGAGGCUGUCGAGAUUGCGACGAGUCGAAGCGACAUCGAGUCGGAAAUGCGCCGCUGGCUGCCACUGGGAGAUACCGUGGUCGGCGUAGCAGUCCCUGGAAUGGGAAGCACCCCAACAGCUACCAUCGCGGAGCGUCCACAGACCCUCUUCGCACAGUUGACACGAUUCCGAUACAAUAUAGCGAGGUUGGAUGCUAAGCCGGCCGAGGAUCGUACAACACCAGACGACCGUGGGCUCAAAGGCCUCAAGCUGGAAGGGGAACGGCUGAAGACCCUGACGCUGGACCACGCCAGAGCAACCGAAGCGUACAGGGUUCCGGCGACCUAUAUGGGCGGAGCGGCAUGGGUGGAGUGGAAGACCUACCACAGUGUCCGACACGAGGACACACCGGGGAAGUUCCACUACGGGCCGGCAACUGUUGUCACGGCCAACCUCGAGCGGUUGGUGGCCAUCUUGCAUAUGGCAAACCGGCCGACGCAAUUCCGCGUGCCGUUGUGUGCCGGGUACUAUGACGACGAGGAAAAUAAACGGUUCGGCCUGAUCUACCGGUUGCCCGGCCCGGCACCGCAGGCGGCCGAAAUCACAUCUCUGUCCCAGCUGCUGCUGCUGCACCGGGGCCAAGCGCCACCCCCUAUCCAGAGCCGCAUCAGCCUCGCGAAGGAGCUCGCAACCAGCCUCUACUUUCUUCAUGCCGUCAACUGGCUACACAAGGGCCUCCGCAGCGAUAGCAUUCUCGUGCCGACGCCGGGCGGCAUCCCGAACUAUUCCCAGCCCUACAUAAGCGGCUUCGAAUAUUCCCGUCCAGACGAGGAAGAUCUGACCUCCACUGCGGCCGCCGAGGACUGGGCCGUCUACACGCACCCGGACUACCUGGGCGUUGACAGAAAGGGGUACCGCAAGACGUUCGACAUGUACAGCAUAGGCAUCAUGCUGCUCGAGAUUGCCUGGUGGAAACCGGCGGAAGAGAUUCUCGGCUUCAAGCAGCCUCCAAAGCUGUCGGGAGGGAAAGACUCUGACAAUGCCGGCGGAGAGAAGAGCAAACCUCUUGUGAAGCAAGAUGUGUCUCCUGGGGAAACACACAAACUUGCGGGGAAGACCUACUCGAAAGAUUCGUUGGAUGACCUUAAAUACAUCAGGAAGCGUCUUCUCGCGGAUGAGCCGGCACUGCUUGAGCAUGUUAGCGCGACCAUGGGUCCUCGGUAUCGCGACGCGGUGAGGGCCUGUAUUGGAGGCCUCGAGCACUUCAAACUUCCGAUAGAUGCGGACGAGACGCAUGAGGUUAUUUCUGCUCUGCUCCAGCAGGCGUAUCUACGAUUGGUGGUGGAUAUCCUGCGAGGCAUCAGGGUGUGA